AUGGGAUAUUUUUUUCUUUUUGUUUUUGAGUUUUAAAAUUUGAUUUUUGUUGGUUUUUGGAAAGUAAAAAAAAAAAUGACCCGCCAUGCAAAAAAUAAUACAGCAUCAUCGGUUUAUUCAUAUCAUGAACGACAACGUGAUAAUCAAUCAAGUGGUUAUGGUACAAAACAUAAACGUUUGAAUAAAGAUUCGGUUAAAGAUUUUAAUGCCUGUAAUCUUAGUUUACAACCAUGCCGUAAUCCGGUUAUAACUCCCGAUGGUUAUCUGUAUGAUAAAGAAGCCAUUUUGGAAUAUAUUAUUCGACAAAAGGCAAAAAUUUUACGUGAUAUAAAACGAUAUGAAAAAGAAAAACAAAAAGAUGAACAACGAAUAAAAGAAUCAAUGGAAGAAGAUAAUGUACGAAAAGCGGAAAAAUUUUCCAAUCAAGAAACAAUGAAAAUAUUGGGAACCGAUAAUGUUGAACAACAACAACCAUGUAGCUCGUCCCAAUCAUCAUCAGUGUCUAACAUGAAUAAUGGAAAUGAUAAACAAUUGCCCAGUUUUUGGAUACCAAAUCUAACACCAUCAACUGAAGAUCGAACAAAAAAACCUGAUACAAUUGUUCGAUGUCCAAUUAGUGGAAAACCAUUGAAAGCAAAUCGUUUGAUUGAUGUAAAAUUUACUUUGACCGAUCCAAAAUGUACAGACCCAUAUCGUGCAACAUAUAAAUGUGCCGUUUCUGGAGAUAUUUUAACAAAUUCAUCACGAUGUGUCGUAUUAAAAACAUCUGGUUCUGUUAUUACUGAAGAAUGUUUGGAAAAAAUAAUCAAAAAAGAUAUGAUUGAUCCUAUUAAUGAUAAACCAUUAAAAGAAUCGGAUAUUAUUCCACUUCAACGUGGUGGUACUGGUUAUGCAAGUGCCAAUGAAUUAGAAGCUAAACUUCAUCGACCUGUUAUGAGUGCUUAGAAAAAAAAUAAUUUAUUAACUAUAUAUUUUGGCUAUUUAUAAAUUCUCAUUCAUUUGUAAUAUUUCAUAUAAUACAUUUUUAAA